AUGGCUUCCCGAUGUUGCCAGUCACCCUGCAACACCUGCCAGCGGUGCAAGGAGGACCUGCAAGAGCUCAACGAACGGCUGAAGGCACAGUUUACUUUGAUCACCGGAGCGCGGGCCGCCCAGAGGCGCGCCAAAGACCUGGAGACCAAGCUCAACUCAAAGGAAGCUCAACUCUCCACCGCCCUGGGGCUGAAGAGGAACCUGGAGAAUGAAAACCGGGAGCUGAGGGCGCAAGUGUCCAGGAUGGCUGCCAUGGAGUCAAAGCUGCGGGAACUGGAGAACACGCUGGCCGACAAGAAGCGGGAGAUAGCGGACAUGCGAGACAAGAAUCAGGAGCUGAAGGACAUCAUACAGGCCCUGGAAAUGGAGAUCCAGGCCUACCGCAGGAUCCUGGACAGGGAGGAUGAGAAGCUGAGGUACCCUCCAUGGCAGAGCUCCUGCGAGAGAAGUUCCGAGAGCCAUGAGGGACCCUCCAAGAAGAGGAAGCGAGAGUGCGGGGAGCCCCGGACAAGCUUCUUCCCCCAUGUCAGGACCCGUGGCCCUGUGGCCGUGGAAGAGGUUGAUGUGGAAGGGAGAUUUGUCCGUCUCAAGAACAAGUCCAAAGAGGACCAAGAGCUGGGGAACUGGCAGAUCAAGCGUCAGAAUGGAAACAGCCCCCCCAUCUUCUACCGCUUCCCAUGCAGGUUCACCCUGAAGGCCAGCCAGGAGGUCACGAUCUGGGCCGCCGGCCCCACCCACAGCCCUCCCACCGACAUGGUGUGGGAGGGGCAAAGCUCCUGGGGCUCUGGAGACAGCCUGCGCACCGCCCUGAUCAACUCCAACGGAGAGGAGGUGGCCAUGAGGAAGCUGGUGCGUAGGACAAUCCAUGAUACUGAUGAGGAUGAGGAUGAGGAUGCGUAUGAGGAUGGCGAAGGCAGCACCUCCCUCCAAGGCCCCUGUGGCGGCACGUGUGAUGCCAGAGAGCCCACUCCACGCCCCUGCGGAGCCAGGGAGCCCAUUUCACGCCCCCGCCCUGUGGUGUGCUGCACCUGUGGCCAGCCGAAAGACAAAGCCAGCACGUGCCAGAAACCUGUGACCGGCUUCAUGCUCCCAGAAGCAUCCACCUCCAAUGUCUUCAUCGCCUUGAGUGGCAAUGGCAAAGGCAGCAGUUGCCUUGGUGGAAACCUGCUGCCCAGCUCCUGCCAUUUGCUGGGAAAUUCUGAGCCCCGCACUCAGGGUCCGCAAAAUUGCAGCAUCAUGUAACUAGCAGAGGGUGCUUGGGCUUACAACCUGCCAUACCAUGCUCGUUUUUCUCCAAAGCAAGAUAACCAUUUUUUCCUACAGCACAAGUUUUAUAUGUAGAAUGCAAAAAGAUGAUUGAUUUUUUUUAAAACAAGAAAAUAACCUUUUUCUAUAAAACAAUAGUUUUUCAGCUCCAACAUUUUUUUUAAAUCUAAAACCAAAGAGGUUGCAGAAUUGUGAUUACCAAAAAAAGAAAAAAAAAGACUGUAGUUUAAUAGCUCUUCAGGUGCAUAUCUAUAUAUAUUUGCCAAAGCUUUUUAUAUAGGGCAAGCAGAGCUGAGCGCUGACUGUUGCUUGCCAGCAGGAGCCCUGUUGCUAUCACAGCCGGGCCAUGCCCUUGCACUUAGACCCUACGGCAAAGCUCACUUGAAGUCAAUGAGCUUGGUUCAGGCCCAGAAUCCUUUAGUGGGAGGAUCAAAGCAUCAGGCCCAUUUCUCAUCUACACCAAGGCCUUUUUACAUCCCGCUCAGAGUUAAAAGUGGCCUUAAAGUGGACAGGACUGUAACUGAUGAGCACGGCAACAAAGAACCUUGGGGAAAUUCACCCAGUGGGCCUGAUUCUUCCUGACAGCACCGUGUCAGCUUCAGGCUCUGUUUAAUCGCCCGUUUAGCUUAUGCUCUCCCCUUUUAUCCCAUUUCUGCUGUUUCACUGCCAUUCCUUGCUAGCUGCUGCACUGCCAUAGCCAGGGGGACACUGCUGGGGUCAGGUCUCUCAGUUCUCGUACUGUACUUGUGGGGUUACUCAAAGACACUUUCUUUCUUUCUUUCUUUCUGUCUGUCUGUCUGUCUGUCUCCUUGUCUCUCUCUGGCAGCCAAGUCGUGCCUAGAGUGGUGCUGAUCGGUUGAGCUUAAUGAGAAAGGGAGAGGAAGGAGGAGUCCUGUUUAGAGAGCCAGGUAGCCUGGGGAUCCAAGGAUGGAGCUAUCAGGGAAACAAGUUUCUGAAUGUGCUUGUUUUGAUGCCAGCCCUGAACAAAGUG